AAAAAGCAAAAGAAAGUGCGUGGAAUCUUCAACCAGGACCAGGAAUCCUUCUCCCUCUUAUUUUUUCGAGAGAGAGAGCGAUUCCUUUCCUUCGUUGCCUUUCCUCGUUUACUUCUUUUCUUUCUUUUUCUUCCUUCUGAACAUUAGAUUUCGGUUUCGUUUAUUCUUUGAUUUCCCCCUCCCCUCUUCUCUCUGAAACUCUCGGCUCAGAUUUGAAAGAAAUUGAAAAAGAUAUGGCGGAAGAAUAUAGAAGUCAAGCACCACAGCUAUGCGCAAACAACUGUGGAUUUUUCGGAAGCCCUGCAACCCAAAAUCUUUGUUCUAAAUGUUACCGCGAUCUCCAGCUUAAGAAACAGCAAUCUUCCUCCGCCAAACAAGCCAUCAAUCAAACCCUCGUUCCUCUGUCUUCGCCUUCCUCUUCGUUGCCAUCAUCGUCAUCGAUCUCAUCAUCCCCAUUUUCGAGUUCCUUGCCAGUGAAGGAGGCGGAAACGAACGAAGAAGUGAAGGUGGAGGAAAUUCAGAUUCAAGCUAGACCCAACAGAUGCUUGACUUGCAAGAAGCGCGUCGGCCUCACGGGGUUCACCUGCAGGUGUGGGAUGGUUUUCUGCGGGACCCAUAGGUACCCUGAACAACACGAUUGUACCUUUGAUUUCAAAGGGAUGGGAAAAGACCAGAUUGCUAAAGCUAACCCUGUUGUCAAGGGUGAGAAGCUUCAGAAAAUAUGAAUUUCAAAAAAAAAAUUUGUUUCUGAUUGUGUUUUCAAUUUGAGAAUUGGGUCAUUAUAAAAAAAUCAUGAAUUAGAUUGAUACUUGGGUCUCGCCGGCCCGCCGGCCGGUCAACCUCUGUAGGGUAUCGCUUAGAUGGUGGUUGUAACCGGUUGUUGCUGUUGAUGUUGAUGUUGAUUUUCAAUUGAAUAGUGUGUCGAUUUGCUGGUUAUCAAUA